ACAAAGGUACUUGUUUAAAACGACGGCACUAGGACCACGAGGAAAGCAGAUCUUUUAGCUAGGGUACGGUGUUUGCCCUCCUUGGUGCUGGUAGUUGCAAUUUGGAGGAGGCGCUGCAGCCAUUUCCACACAUUACAGAGAAAAAAAAAAGAGUGUCCCAGAGAAACUGUAACUAGAGCUCUACAAACAUUUCCAGGCUCUGGAAAAGGGAGAAGACAGACUGCAGAGAGGAAGGAAAAGUAGAGAAAGAUAGAAAAGCAAAAACCAGUCUCUAUAUCAAACCACAGACCAACUCAGUAAAAUAGUGCUUUAGUCUCUGCAGUUCAGUUGUGUAGUUUCAGGCAGAAACGGGAUUUGUAGCAGUUGUUUUCUGUCAAAUUCGGGCGUAUUUUUGAAGGGACGUUGUUUGCUACUGCUUUCCGGAGUCUCGUAAGUCCCCCGACCGGCCCAGGGAAUCGUUUGACCUCCUCCAGCACCGCUACAGCCGAGGAUGGGCUGGGAGCGUGAGUCGUGUGCCUCGCACAGCCGAGCUCUCUUGUGCUUUCUGCUUCUUUGGUUGGCUUUCCUUCUGCCUUCUUGUUGGAGCCGAAUUUUCACCAACCACUGGGCUGUUCGGAUAAGCGGGGGUCCUGAUGAAGCAGACAGGAUAGCUGAGAAGUAUGGUUACAGGAAUUUCGGACAGAUUGGAACGCUGAAGGAUUACUACCACUUUUACCACAGUAAGACAAUAAAAAGAUCUACGCUAGAAAGUAGCGGAACUCAUAGCUUCAUUUCAAUGGAACCAAAGGUAAGAACAUCCGGCCAGCAGGAGGUAUUAAGGAAAAUGGAGGAAAAGGCUAAAUCAAUGCAAACUCAUUAUCACUUACCAAUUUUCUCUAAUUUUCUCUAUCAGCAUUGCAGUGAUGAUGCCAAGAACUGUGUGUCGAAUAUGAACAUUAUAGGAGCCUGGCGAAGAGGAUAUACUGGUAAAAAUAUAGUGGUUACUAUACUGGAUGAUGGCAUAGAGAGAACCCACCCUGACUUGCUUCAGAAUUAUGACAAAAAUGCCAGCUAUGAUGUCAAUGGAAAUGAUGAUGAUCCAAUGCCUCGCUAUGAUGCCAGUAAUGAAAACAAGCAUGGAACUCGUUGUGCUGGAGAAGUGGCAGCUACUGCAAACAAUUCGCACUGCACAGUGGGGAUUGCUUUCAAUGCUAGGAUUGGAGGAGUCCGCAUGUUGGAUGGUGAUGUAACAGAUAUGGUAGAAGCCCGAUCUCUCAGCCUGAAACCACAGCAUAUUCACAUCUAUAGUGCAAGCUGGGGCCCUGACGAUGAUGGCAAGACUGUGGAUGGACCAGCAAAUCUUGCAAGACAAGCCUUUGAGAAUGGAAUUAAAAUGGGAAGAAAUGGCUUGGGUUCCAUUUUUGUGUGGGCAUCUGGAAAUGGUGGAAGGAGUAGAGACCAUUGUUCUUGUGAUGGCUACACCAACAGUAUAUACACCAUCUCCAUCAGCAGCACAGCAGAGAGUGGAAAGAAGCCCUGGUAUUUGGAAGAAUGUUCAUCAACUUUGGCUACCACAUACAGCAGUGGCGAGUCAUAUGACAAGAAAAUAAUCACAACAGACUUAAGACAGAGGUGCACAGACAGUCAUACAGGAACUUCUGCAUCUGCACCAAUGGCAGCAGGAAUCAUAGCUUUAACACUAGAGGCAAACCUUUCCUUAACAUGGAGAGAUGUUCAGCAUAUUAUUGUAAGAACAGCACGGGCAGGCAAUUUAAUUGCCCCAGACUGGAAGAAAAAUGCUGCAGGUCUCACAGUGAGUCACCUUUAUGGAUUUGGUUUAAUGGAUGCAGAAGCCAUGGUGAAGGAAGCUGAGAGAUGGACAACAGUACCACCACAGCACAUGUGUGUAGAAAGCACAGAUAAGGUAGUAAGGACCCUUCGUCUUGAUCAUUCAGUUAAAGCUGUCUACAAAGCCACUGGUUGUUCAGAUAACACCAAUAAUCAUGUGAUUUACCUCGAGCAUGUCAUUGUGCGUAUAACUGUUACUCACACACGUCGUGGAGACCUUGCAAUAUAUUUAACUUCCCCUUCCGGGACAAAGUCUCAGCUACUGGCUAACAGAUUGUUUGAUCAUUCAAUGGAAGGUUUCAAGAACUGGGAAUUCAUGACAACUCAUUGCUGGGGAGAGAAGGCAAGUGGUGACUGGAUCUUAGAAGUGCACGAUGUCUCUUCGCAACUCCGAAAUUUUAAAGCACCUGGUACUAUUGUUGGCAAACUUAAAGAAUGGACGUUGAUUUUUUAUGGAACAUCCGUUCACCCUUAUUCUCCAAGACAUGAUAUUCCAAAAAUUGAAAAAAUUCGCUCCAGUCCUCCUGAAGAACCUCUUGAUGACUAUAAUGUAGAAGAAUAUGUAGGAAACUGUGAUGCAGAAUGCAGUGGCAUAGGUUGUUAUGGCCCAGGACCUCACCAGUGUUCAGAUUGUUUGCAUUACUUUAUCAAGUUUAAAAACCACACAAGGACCUGUGUUGCUGGAUGUCCCCCUGGUUUCUUUAGUGAUGACAAGAAGCGCUGUAAGAAGUGUUGGUCCAACUGUGAAACUUGUGUGGGGAGCCACUCUGACCAGUGCACAUCUUGCAAAGAGGGAUACCAUCUCAAUGAAGAAACUAACAACUGCGUUGUCAGCUGCCCUGAAAACUUUUACCUCGAUCAGAGUAAGAACUCAUGCAAGAGAUGUAAUGAAAAUUGUAAGAAGUGCAUCGCAUUCAAGACCUGCACAGAGUGUAAACAGGGCAUGAGCUUACAGGAUUCCAAAUGCAUUGUUAAGUGUGAUACAGGAACUUAUUACAAUGCCUACAAGAAACAGUGUGAACCUUGUCACCGGUCAUGUGCUUCAUGUGCAGGUCUAGGAGCAGAUGCUUGCAUAAAAUGUUCUGAGAACUACUACCUGGAAGAGUACCGUUGUGUGGCCACCUGCAGUCCUGGAUAUUUCCUUGAACAGUCCUCCAACAUUCGAGAAAAGGUGUGCAGAAGAUGUGAUGCUAGCUGCUUAACUUGCACUGGUCUAGGAGAGAAAAACUGCACAGCCUGUCCACCUGGGUACCACUUAGAAGCAGGUGUCUGCUUAACUGAAACAGUUUGUAAAGAUGCAUCAGACGAAUCAUGGUCUGAGGGAAGCUUCUGUUCAUUAGUGAAAAAGAACAAUCUCUGCCAACGGAAAGUACUUCAACAGCUUUGCUGUAGAACAUGUUCAUUUAAAGGAUGAAUAGACCAACAGGGUUCCCUUGAAUCUCUAGACCUGUAGAUUAAUACUUAUAAAAUAGCCAUCAUUUCCCUUUGUCAAGGAGAUGGUGAACUGCUUGUUGGAACUUAAAUGGGGAAAACUACAACAAACCUACCUUUCGUAACUGGAUGUUUAGAGUAAAACAUCUGGAACAUCUAACAUCAGUAUUCUGUGACCAAAGCAUUUGAUGCCAAAAUUCCAAGUAAAUAUGGUUAUGUUUUUACAUAAUCUAGGAUUAACCCUGUCUUGGAGCUCAGAGUUGUUGCCACUGUGAUCUUUCUUUCUUUUUUUUAAUUUGGUUUUACAGUUGAUUGUUUUUAUAUGGUCUGCUACACGUGCUUCCCUAUGAGUUAAUAAAAAAGGGACAAAGGAAAAAAAUAUUCAGAGAUAUUCAGAAACAUUUGUGCUGCAGAAAUGCAUUCUGCAAUGUUUUAACAGUUUGCCACACAGGUUAUAUGCCUAUACAUAUUUGCUUGGUGUGUUACAUGUUUGCUGAGGUCUGGGACAAAAAGCAGUAGUGAUUUCAUUCAGGCACAAAUGACUUAUGGUUGGUUAAUCAGAAGCACCAACAAUCUGGACAAUAUUUGUUUGUAAUGUCAUAUUUCUGUAAUUUAUGUUAUACCAACUAAAACUGGUGAUUUGGAAUAGCAGUGACUAUCUGAUUAAUCAUUGCAGAGGAAGUGCAUUUCAUGCUAAUUUACAUGCAGAUGAACUAGAAAUGUAUUUCCUAAAAUAGCAUGCACUUGUACAUCAUUCCUUUUACUUAUAACCUAAACCGUCUGAUGUUUUGCAGAUCUUAUAUUUCUUUGUGUACUGGUGAUUAAGUGAUAUCUGCAUUGUUGCCACAAACUUUUUUUUUUUUGGGGGGGGGGGGUUAUUUUAUCUUAUAAUGUUGUUCAGGGAUCUGCAUUACUACAUGGUAACAGUUUCACACUUAUUUACAGCUGCCUUGUACAUUUUUAUUUCCAUGAACUGUUUUCCAUUUUACAGAACUAUCUGAAUGGCCUGAAGUAGUUUUUUUCUAACAGUGUAGGAGUUUAAUCAUUAAUUGAAAGGAUCCAGCUGUAAAGGAGAGUGAGAUUUCCAUUUUGUUUCCACAGCAAAAAUAAGCUAUUAAGGAACAGUCAAAAUGUAUCGGAACUGUUUGAAGCAAAAACAGGUUAUCUAGAUAGUGCAAUUGUUUUGUCUCAUCUCUGAUGUUUAUGUGCUGCUCAUAAUACUUUAACAAGCCAUUCCAUUUGUCGGAGUUUUUAAGGACACAUGCACAUAGUAGCAGGCACUGGUGAACAGAUGCAACACUGAUCAGCAGCAUGCAUAUUUUAGAGGGACCAGUUUACUAUUGAGUUAGUUAAGUUUCCCCAACACCUUUUGCCAUUGCUUUCCUCAGAGUUACCUGCAGUACAUUAUGCAUUGAUUGAAGUCUGCGUUAGGUGGCCAGCAGACUCAUGGUGUGUAUUAACAGACUGAUAACAGUGGUACUGUUAACUUAUGCUGGCCACUUUCCAAAUCCAUAAGAAGAAUUUUGAUACUUGAAUUGAUAUUAUGUAGCAGAUUAUUACAUCCAUUUUGUUGCUGUAAUCAUGAUACAAGAAAAAAAAGUUUAAGGGGAAGGUUUACUCUCUUCAGUUCUUUUGUGAUGACCAGCACAUCAGCUUCCUUGUGGUGUUUGCCUAAUUUUGUUAUGGGAGCUUUACUCAUUUGCAUUUCUGCAUAUGCAAUACCCUGAACAUCUGUGCAGCACAUAAUUCAGUUGAUACAUGUUUCAGUGAAGUGAAAAAGAAUAAAGCAUCUCCAUAUACAUGGUUAUGGUGCCACAUAUAGGAUGGAGUGACAUCAAAUGGAGAUUAAGAGAAGAGAUUUGGUAGUCUUAGAUGAUUUUACAUGCCUAACUAAGAAUUUUCCUUAGCCUUACUGUACCUGGAAAGCCAUUCAUUAUUUUUAUAGCAUAUGUUCGUCAUCUGUGUUUGUUUUCUGUUGAUGUAGGUUAUGUGGCUGUUUAUUUUAUGCAGUUUGCAUAAUAUUAUACUUUCACCCUGUCAUCCUUUUAGUAAUGCACAUGUGCUAACAUCACAAAAUAAAAGUGCACUGUGGUUUAUAUCUUAUCAGCUUUAACAUGCAACUCAGGUUCAUCCCUGAACUGUAAUGCAUGUGGAGCAACAGUCUGAUUCUAGACUAUGGAGUACUCUUAAGCCACAUCAGGCUCAGUCAUCAAGACACAUCAAAAGUAUACAUUUACUUUGCUAAUGCAGGAAUGUUGUUGGAAGUCUACAAAUGCUCAGUGAGCGAACUGAAAGAACUUUACGCUACACAGAACAGCUGUUGCAUAUGCAGUCUACAUUUCUGUGCAUUGCAGCAACCUAGCCAUUAUAAUUAUUUUAUUUUGUUAACCUCUGUAAUAUGUUAACUGCCUCAUUGCUAAAUAUAGCUAUAAACUAGAACAUAAUUCUGUUAAAAUUUAAGUUAAUUAUAUAUUCAUGAUUAAAUAUAAUAAUGUAAUGGAUUGUAAAGAAUUUUUCAAAGUACUUACAAAGGCAUAUUAUAAAAACAGAAUUCUUAUUUUUGUUUUCUUACUAGGUUAAUGUUGGCUUGUCAGAACUUUGUUCAUUUCUACUGGUAGGAUCUGUACGUGUAAAAUGCUCAAGGUCAGAAUUUGUAAAAUAUUGUAGUCCUGUUGUAACUGAAUAAUGGCCAAAUCAAUGCUAUUCCAUAUUUUAUUUUUUCUAUUAAAUUAACCUUACAUUCA